AUGCCUACUAUCUGGAGGGCUAAAGACAGCAAAGAGGCCUAUGACAGCGCCCGCAUCCACAAUGUCUUCAACAUGGAAAGACCGUCACAUUUCCCUCGCGCCAUCGUCAAGGCGACAUGCGCGCAAGAUGUCAUUGACGCAGUGCAGACGGCAAUUACGGAGCCCGAAAGAUGCCAGGUUGCGGUCCGAUCUGGCGGCCACUCGUUCUUCGUCUGGAGCUUGCACGACAACUCAAUUCUGGUCGACCUGGGCGACUGGAAAGAAAUGGCGGUGGAUGCGAACACAGGCAUCGCCGAGGUAACCCCCGGUGUGACAGGAGCUGAGUUGAAUCAAUACCUGCGAUCACAUCAUGGCAUGUUCUUCCCCGUGGGCCACUAUCCGGAUGUCGCACUGGGUGGGUUUUUGCUGCAUGGUGGACAGGGUUGGAACUGUCGGAAGAACUGGGGUUAUGCCUGUGACAGAGUUGUGGCCGUGGAGGUUGUGACUGGGCAGGGCGAACUGCUGCUGUGCAACGAAGACCAGAAUGAGGAUUUAUUGUUCACCGCCAAAGGCGCAGGGCCUUUGUUUCCAGGAAUCGUGACCAAGUUCUAUUUGAAACUGAUGCCAGACCCAACCGGUGGCCUCCGAACGUCCGGAUACAUCUAUCCUGUAUCUUCAUAUCACGAUGUCUUCAAUUGGGUUCAAUCUAUCCUCCCCAGCGCGGACCAGGACACCGAGAUUGUAGUGGUGGCUUUCUACCCAGAAAAACAACAUGAGCCUUGUUUGAAAGUUCACUUUGUGACAAUGAAAUCAAAUUCGGAAGCUGAAUAUACACUAAGACAGCUCCAUCAAACUCGACCCCGAGGAAUAAUCACCGAGUGGGUGUGCAAAGAGGAAAGUCUGGAAAGUCUAUUCGACAGUCAGGUUCAGGCAAACCCUCAAGAGCAUUACUACUACGUAGAUAAUUACUACAUUUCAAACCUAGCCGAUGUCAAACAGGCCUUGAAGAUAUUCUGCUUGAGUGCUCCCAAAGGCAAGUCAUUCGCGUUCUGGUACCCUCUAUGCCUAGGCAAUAGGCAAAAUGUUUCCGACAUGUCGUUGGAUUUCCCAGGGGAACAUUAUUUGGCUGUUUAUGCUAUUGGUAAAAGCAAGGAAGAGGCCACCCUAUGCAGGAAAUGGGCGGAGAAAACAAUGGCAAAAUUCAAAGAUCAUGCGGUGGGAUCAUAUCUCGGGGAGUGUGAUUUGAAAAUGGGCCAUGAUUGGAAUUGGGGCCGAAAUGCGGAGCGUGUUGCGACUGUUUGUCGAAGAUGGGAUCCGGAUUCCUUGUUUUGCACAGUUCAUCGUGGCAGAGAUGCGCUUGAACAGGCAGACUAG